GCAUCAUCAUCAGUCUUGAACAUCCACCUCUUUCCUUCCCCUCGAUUCUCAGUCAGCGACCUCGUCGAGUUUUAACAAAUUAUCCAACAAUUCACUUCUUCCAGUUCGAGCCGAAUGCAAAGGAGGGAUUCAUCUGAGCGCAGCUUCAGCACUCGGAGGCCGAGACUGCUCAGAGCAACGGCAACUGAGCCGUCCAUCACUACUUCCAACGCCAGUCCAAACGCCCUUGCAACGCAACCAGGGCGGAGGGCAUCCGAACUCUUGAGCCGGGUAGCCUUCGUCUCGGGCUCGCCGCCGGAUUCCGUCCUCAGAUCUGCGUCCAUGCUGUCAACGAGGUCGUCCAUGUACGACAAUGUAGACCGACACAAUUCUGGACGGUAUUUCAGCUUCCCUAGCUUCGACCUGUACGAAGCGAACCAGCAGGACGAUGAGAAGGAAUCCCAGACCAAGUCACCUUGAGAGAUUCGCUUUCGACGGGAGGUUGAGCCGUGAGACGACGCCAAGGACCCAGAAGGGCCAAGACUCGGCCGCGAGAAAUGGAACAGCAGAACUCUGAGAGGACCGCAUGCUUCUCACCAGGCUUACGAGCGCCGCAAU